AUGCAACGUAACGAAAUUGAAAAUAAAGUUUCUAGUUGUUCUAUCUGUUUACAAGAGUCAAUAUGCUUAAGUUUGGCCAUCUGUUGGACAUCUGCAAACGCCAAGAUCUACGACAAUAGCUUCAAAUCCUUAACCAUCGACGAUCAUUCAUGGAUUCGUAGAAGCCGCGAAGCUCCUUAUGACGUUGCCUCUUCAGAACAUUCUCCAUCUUACGCCAGCUUCUUAGAAUCACGAAGGAACCAUCGAGCAGCAUUCGACUCCUCAGAUUCCGUCAAACCCAAAGACUGGUUCUUGUUUUCGGCCAGCAAGAAGGUUCCAACUGAAAACAAAAAUUUCAAAAAAGUAGUAUCACCAUUCUACACCAUCACUGACAAAGAUUCCCAAAAAUACAAGGACAUGGUGAUGAAAUCUGGCGUUCCAUAUUGCCAAGAGAUCAAAACCAGGCGUGUCAAUAAGGACAGCAAUGCUAAAGACAGCACGAUCUGCUACAAAUGCAAAAAUCCUAAAAAUGGAGCCACCUACGAGCAAUGCUCUUACGCUUCACAACCUUCCACUGAUUCUAGCAACAUUGAACAAAGUUCGGCACCUUCAGGGUUCAGAAACAGGAGAUCCAACUCUGACGAGGCGUUCUCCGGUUUCAAAGAUUACAGAAGAGAUGACAAUCCAUACAGAUUCAACGACAAGAUAUUUUCAGAGGCCACAGACGAUGUUCCAGCAGAGUAUAAGAACAAAAAUGAAAAAUGUGAAAAGGUAAUCAAGGAUUCCAUGAUGUGCAUGGUAUGCAAAGAUAUGAAGAGUAAUGCUAAAUACGAGCAAUGCACCUAUAUUAGGCAACCGGCAGAGAAGAAAUAUUCCUACACCAAAUCUGGCUCUCUUAAAAAUCCUAAAGAAGCUGAGAAAGACGAUAAAGAAAGUGGAAAAAGAUCUAAUAGAAAGUAUUUUGAGACUAAACCAGUUAAGGAAGAAUAUUCCAGUUCUGAGGAUAAAGAAGAAGCAGAAAAAGAAUCUCGAGAGGAAUACAAAGACUCGACCAGCAAUUGCAAGAAGAUUCAAAAAGAUUCGAAGACUUGCACGGUCUGUAAAGAUCCCAAAACAGGUGGAAAUUAUGAGAGAUGCUCGUAUGCCUAUGAACCAAAUGAUAAAGUUUAUAAAUUUAGCAGAACCAAGAGUUUUGGAUAUCCUACAAGUUCUUCCAAAGAUGAUGAUUCUAGUGAGUCCAAUCAGGAGGAAGAGAAGAGAUCUAAAAGCGAACUUGAGGAAUACAAGAGAGAUUAUUCCAUUCCUGAAAGCUACUAUGACAAGAGUCACUCCUCUCCAUUAACUUCUUACUUCAAGGAUGACGAACCUAGAUCCAGCUAUCGUCAAGCUGCUUCCCAAAACUCUAAGUUAAUCUCUGACGACGAUGAUUAUUUAUCUGGUUAUGAGAAAUCUAAGUCAGAAUCUGAGAAAGUUGCCAAAAGUAUCGAACCGAGCCAUUGCAAAGAAGUUCAAAAAGAUUCCAUGACUUGCAAGAUCUGCAAAGAUCCUAAGACCGGAAGCAAUUCUGAGCAAUGUUCGUAUAAAUAUCAACCAAGCGAUAAAAGCUACUCUUAUUCGAAAUCUAGAUCAAUUGGCAGCCCAACAGAAUCAAAUGACAAAUCUUACGAUGAAUCUGAGAAGAAAGAGACUCAAAAGUUGCCCUACGAAAAGGAAGGUUAUGAUUACUCUUCUGAUAAAAGUUCCUACAUUACCGAUCAAGCCACCAAAAGAGAAUUUCCAACUUCUGAUGAAUCCAAAUCUGAAGUAAUGGAAAGAUCAUCAAAUUCUGCUCCAAAAAAAAGCGAUGUAGGUUUCUACGAUGCAUUUAAGAAGAAAGAGGAGAUCCAGAAGGUUCUUCAGGAAUUUCAAAAGGAAGAUCGUUCCAAUUGUAAGAAAUUAAUGAGAGAUAAAAUGACUUGCUAUCAAUGUGUCGACGAUAAAGGAUUCAAAAAAGAGGAAUGUGCUUUUGUGACUUCAGAAGAACCAGCUGAGGAUAAAAUUAAUUAUCGAGAAGCGAAAGAUUAUCAUGAGGAACCGACCAAAAAGAUUCCUAGGUCGGUUAUUGAAAAUCUGGAUGAUGUACCUAUUGAACCAGAAGCUGCUGCCAGUGAGAAGGUCUAUGUGCAACGAGAAUUACCACCUAACAAGAGUUCUGGAAAGACUGAGGCAUCCAAGGAGACUGAACCAUAUGAAUACGUAGAGGAAACUAAACCUGUGUUCGAUAAGAUUCUUGGAUUCACACUUCCAGCGUACAUGCUGAGUACUUCUGAGCACGAAGAGGAGUUUGAUAAGAUUAUGUCAGGCAGAAAAAUUUGA